UCGCUUCUUUAGUUGGAUGGCAAUAUUUCCAUUCUGGACUUCUUGAAAAGAAUGUUGUUGAUUCUAUUUUCACAUACACACCGUUAGAAGAUGAGAAUUUAUAUCAUGUAGAGAUGUUAAAAACAAAACAUGAACGUGGGGUUUUUAAGCAUGAUGAAUAUGUUGUGAAUAAAUUUAAAGAGAUCAUUUUGACAGAUGAAUUUGAAAAUAUUAGUCUUUUUGUUAUUCAUCUUACAGAUGUUGAUGAAGCCGGACAUUAUUACGAAUUCAAUUCUGAGAAAUACUAUGAACAAUUAGAAAAAAUGGAUAAACAGAUCGGAUGGUUAAAAGAUUGUUUGUUGGUACUCACAACUGAUCAUAGUGGUGUUGGUACAACGCAUGGUAAAGAUUCUGAUUUGGAGCGAAAUGUAUUUAUAAUAAUGAUGGGACCAGGUAUCAAAAAGAAUUCUAU